CAUUCAAACUCUUAGCCCUCCUCCACACAUAACCUUCUUUUUCCAAACCAAACUAUGCAAAAAAUAAACAAGAAAAAAUUAAGAAGUCCUUUUCAGUGUUAAACUUCUUGAAAUUGUCCUGUUUUUUCAACUCCCUUAUAUAACCAAGUUGAUGUUCCUUUCAUCAUCCCUUUUUUAAACCACCCCCUUAAAUCUUGCAAAAAUAAACAACAAAAAAGGUCCUUUUCAUGCUUAAUUUCUUGAAGUUGAUUUUUUGUUUUUCAACUCCUUUAUAAAAACCAACUUGAUGUUCCUUUCAUCAUUCUCUAUCAACCCCUUUUUAUAAAAACCAUUCUAUUUAGUGACUUUUCUUCUCUUUUUCAGUCACUAACUAGUGAUAAACUUUUUGUUCUCAUUUUCUUGAAAACUCAAACAAUGGCUGAAAAUCCAAAGGAUGCAACUUCAGCUAAGUGUUUUUCAGGUAUUUUUCAAAGACUACUUUGUGGUGGAAGCCUCCCGACACACCCUUCUGAUCAAUAUACGAAACCAAAUGGAGUAGAAUUUGAUCAUUCUAGUCAGAAAUUACCUUUCAAGGCUGAUGAAAAUAUUAGUAGUAGUAAUAAAGUUACAGCCAAUAGUCCAGGAAUUGUAGCAAGACUAAUGGGAUUAGACUCAUUACCUGAAGAAAAAAACACUUUUGUUGGUUCAUUUCCAAGAAGCAGGUCAGUUAAUUCUCUAGAUUACUUGAUGCAGUUUAAUCUAACUGAAAAUUUUCAUCAUAGAAGAGUUAGAACAUCUGUGUCUUUUCGCGAAAUACCAAAUUUUGAUCAAGAAUUCAAGUCAGAGUUUUUGGUAUUUUGCUUCAAUGAUGAAGAAGAGAAAAAGAACUUUAGUAUUAGAAAAUCCAAUAAGGUGGGAAAUCAAGAAAUGAAGCCAAAGAAGGAUGCAGAUAGCAGUAGAAAAAAUAUUCAGAAAAAAGGGAAGAAGAAAGUUGAUGUUGCUAAAACAUCAUUAAAUAUGUCUAUUAUUGGCCAGAAGAAAGAAGUUUGUGAAAAACAAAAUAGGAUUGCUAAUAAGGUGAAAAAGCAAGUGAAGUUUGAGGAUUAUCCUAGGAAAAUAUCUGUUGAAUCCAAGGUUGAUAAGAAAAAGAAGAAGAGCAAAAGCAAAUGUGUAGUGUCUACCAAAAUACAGCUUAAUUCAAGAAAAUCUCAAACAAGAGUCACCAAUCCAGAACUUGCAAUCACAAGCAAAGUUGAGAAGCAAAAGGAGAUUAAUAAAGAGGCAGAUUAUUACAUAAAGGUACUUGGUGAAAUUUGCAGAUUAACAGAAGAAGAGUUAAAUGAGUCAUAUUGGGACGUAGCUACUAGAGCUGGAGGAGACUUCAAUUUUGAAGAUUUAUGCCUACAUUUUGGACAAGAAAUUCUUGAACUUUUAUUAGAUCAGAUUGUCUAUGAACUUUUAUGAUUUUAGACAAUGACAUUUUAUAUAUGAGUUGUACGUACUUAUUAAAUUAUAUCUAAGUCUCAAAUUUUGGCUAGAAAAAACUUAGUUACAAAUUCUAAUUAUUCGUGGCUCAACAUCUGGAAGGUUUAUAACAUGACUGGCUAGAGAUUUAUGUUCAACUGAUUUGGAUGAAUUCUUCAUUCGACUGAUUUUGGAGGAAUUGGUCGGGUAAAAAUGAAAA